AGAGUAGCUCGAAACACCGAAGCAAGCGAAAGAGCAUCGCCGUGCCGCGCGGAGCUUUUAAAACGCCGCAACUUCCUUCCUUCCUUCCUCUCCUCCCACGCUUCCCACUUCGAUUUCCCAACCGCACUCCAGCGAGAGAAAAUAAAAUUUUAAAAGGAAAAAGAAAAAAAAAAGAUAUAUCAGCUCCCGCCUGGGGAUGACGACGAGCUCUCGCCGGCGAUGGACUCACCGCCGCACCAACUAGCACUCAUCGUCCUCCUCGUCGUAGCCCUCGCGGCGCUCUUCCUCGCCCUGCUGCGCGGUCGCUGCCGCUGUCGCGAGGGCGAGGCUCAUCAGCUGCCCGAGCAGGCGGAGGCCGGCGCGGGGGUGGCGGAGGGGGAGGAGGGCGGGAGGGAGAGGAGGAAGCGGCGGAAGGCGAGGAGGCGGCAGCGGAAGGGCGCCGGGGACGACGACGCGGCGGGCGGCGAGGGGGACGAGGCGCUGCAGCUGCAGCUGCUGCGGCGGCGGCCGCGGUUCCCGCUCGCCUCGGUGGCCGGCGCGCUGCAGCGGCGGAUCACCGCGCGGUACGACGACCUCGCGCGGGCCAGCCAGGCCCACUCCCUCACCAUCCAUCAGGUUCACGAGUUCAUUAACUGUUUGGUAGAUGCAAGAAAUGAACUGCUGCACAAGUCGGAGAUGGUUCAAAGAAGCUGCAGAAUAAAGAAGGCCUUACUAUCCAACCCUUGUAGUCGCAGGGCUAACAGUUAUGACCGCCUCUGCGAACAGGUGCAUAAAUUGGAAGCCGAGCACAAAAGGCUAAAGAAGGAUGCGGAUAUCUACAACUAUAUUCAAGAGCAGCUUCAGAUGUCAGAGUCAUACAAACUGUUGAUUGAGCUUAGUGCGUUGGUGGAGAAGGCCGAACGUGAGGAUGCCCUUGCCACCGAGGCCGCAGAGAUGACAUUCGAGGAGCUGCUGGCUCAGGAGAAGAGCGACGCCGCCUUCUGGCAGCGUCACAGGAAGCUGACCUCAAUCUUACCCAAGUAGAGUUUGAUAACUGACCGCGCGAUUUCACCAUCGUCAAUAGUAGCCCGAACCCGUAACCAGAAUUUGUUCCUGGUGGAGCUUUUAAUGUUGCUAGUUGCAACCGUGGUGUAAUGCGCUUGCCAAGCUCUUGGGCGCCUGAAAGUCCAGAGUCCUUGACCAUAAAACCUGAGAGAUUCAGGUGGUUGGCUGACGACCAGCAAAUGCUCUCAUAUAUCCUAUCUGGUACUUCGGCCAUGAAGAUUUCUUGCCUGUGGAUGCCCUGA